AAAGACGACUUCUUUUGCAGACCCAUACCGCUGCCUGAGGCAGGGAUGAGAUGGGGCUCCAUCAUUUUGUUUAUUCUUUUUCUCUAACAGGUCGGGUUCGGGCCUCCUCCUGAUUCGCUCAGGCUCUGGAGGAUCUGUUUGGCGGUGAUUUGGAUUUUCUUCGGUUAUCUCGCCCGCAAAGAUGACCGAACGUUGGGACGCAUCUUUGGCUGAAGCUGUAGCCACCAUGACUUGGAUAAAAAUGAAAAUAAAGGGAAAGAAAAAAAAAAAAAAGGCGGCUUGAAAAAAAAAACAGGUGGCACUAGCAACAGCUGACCUGGUACACCAGCGUUGUAUACAAGUUUUUCUCCAAGCAGUUGUGUUUGUUUCUUUCAAUAUUUAAACAAGCAGAGAGACCCUGUUUAGCGGUACCCAGAAAUGUAAAACAGUGAGUGAGAGAGGGAGGAAGAGAGUCUCUCUGAGCUAAUCGCUGGGGUGUUCUCAUUCUUCACUGAGACUGCGUGGCAAACUUCAAGAUUUCUUGUUCCCAUUCUCCAGAAGUGAAGCUUUUUUAUUUUAUUUUUUUGUAUCUGUGUUUUUGGUUUUGAAUUGCAAUAAGUUUCUGGACUAGAAAAUAUUUCCCUGUUUUUUUCUUGUGAUCAAAUAGAGAGGUUAACUAUCCAGCUUUUCGCGUAGUUUAUUGUUUGCAAUUUUUUUUUUUUUUUCUUUGUCCUCGGUGAUUUACGUUGGAAGGUAGAUGAAGUUUUAUAGAGAGUAGAGAUAAGAGUGGUCGAACUGAAACGUGGGAUUAAGUGUCAUUAAUUGAAGCCUCCGCCUUAUUUGUUACGGCAGAGGAAAGUGAAGGGACAAAAAAGAUGUCUGCGAUUGGUUCAACUUCUGCGCAGCCUCAGUUCAUUGCAAGCACUGGAAACCGGAGUUAUUCAAAUGCUCCAUUGAUAGAGAACUCUGAUACUGAUGCCAAUCAGAUUGUCGUGCCGGAUAAGAAGAGCUGGAAAAACUUAUUUGCUUACAUGGGCCCUGGAUUUCUUGUUUCCAUUGCAUAUAUUGAUCCUGGAAAUUUUGAAACGGAUUUGCAGUCAGGAGCAAAAUACAAGUAUGGGCUACUUUGGAUAAUAUUAGUGGCUUCAUGUGCUGCUCUGAUAAUUCAAUCUCUGGCUGCCAAUCUCGGGGUUGUCACAGGAAAACAUUUAGCAGAGCACUGUAGAAAGGAAUAUCCUAGGAUUCCAAACUUCAUCCUGUGGGUUCUCGCUGAGAUUGCUAUUGUUGCAUGUGACAUUCCUGAAGUAAUUGGAACUGCAUUUGCUUUGAACAUGCUCUUCAAGAUUCCUAUAUGGUGUGGCGUUCUUCUGACAGGUUUCAGUACAUUGGUUCUGCUUGCAUUGCAGCAAUAUGGGGUUCGGAAACUUGAAUUCUUUAUUGCAUUUCUGGUGUUUACAAUUGCUGCAUGCUUCUUUGUGGAGCUUGGCUAUGCAAAGCCUGAUCCCAAAGAAGUUCUCCAUGGGCUUUUCGUUCCUCAACUCAAAGGAAGUGGAGCUACUGGUCUUGCAAUUUCACUUCUCGGUGCCAUGGUUAUGCCGCAUAACCUUUUCCUCCACUCUGCACUGGUGCUUUCUAGGAAAAUACCACGAUCUGUUGGUGGUAUCAAAGAGGCUUGCAGAUUUUAUAUGAUUGAGAGUGCCUUUGCCCUCAUGUUUGCCUUCAUAAUCAAUGUUUCCGUUAUUUCUGUAAGUGGUGCUGUCUGCGGUUCUCCAAAUAUUAAUGCAGAAGAUCAAAAGAGCUGCCAGGACUUGGACUUGAAUAAGGCUUCCUUUUUACUAAGAAAUGUUUUGGGGAGUUGGAGUUCAAAACUUUUUGCAAUUGCUUUGCUAGCAUCAGGUCAGAGUUCUACAAUUACAGGGACAUAUGCAGGCCAAUAUGUUAUGCAUGGCUUUCUUGAUUUAAGGUUGAAACCAUGGCUUAGGAACUUGUUAACUCGAUGCUUGGCAAUAGUCCCUAGUUUAAUUGUAGCAGUCAUCGGUGGCUCUGCUGGGGCUGGAAGGCUAAUCAUUGUUGCAUCGAUGAUCUUAUCAUUCGAGCUCCCUUUUGCUCUCAUUCCACUUCUCAAGUUUACCAGUUGUAAAACCAAGAUGGGAAUCUAUGCCAACUCUAUUACGAUUUCAGCCAUCACAUGGAUCAUCGGUUCCCUAAUAAUGGCCAUAAAUAUAUACUACUUGAUGACUGGAUUUAUCGACUUGCUUCUGCAUAACCACUUAAAGAUUGUGGCUGUUGUGUUUCUUGGAAUAGCUGGAUUCUCAGCUAUGGCUGUGUAUUUGGCUGGGAUCGCAUAUCUGGUUUUCCGCAAAAACAAGGAGGUAACCCACCUUCUGGCAUUAACUACAUCUGAAAACACACAAAUGGCCAGCGAGCAAGGUAAUGCAUCCGUGUAUUCUCUCCCAAGAGAGGAUAUUGUUAGCAUGCAGUUGCCCCAAAGGUCUACUGAAGAUGUUGACUGAUAAUUAGAUAAGAUGAGACAAAUAACUUUUUAGGUAGAAAGUAGAUGCUCUGCUAAUUAACUCAGAAUAAAUUAUGCUCUGCUAAUUAACUCAGAAUAAAUUAAGUUAAUUCCAAUAUUCUGGUAAUUGGUGUUUAGCGUUUUAGUCUUUUUCAUGA